AUGGUGGCAGCAAUGUGCAUGGUUCUCUAUGGAUAUGAUGCCUCGGUGUAUAAUUCUGUUCAAGGCUCGCAGAAUUGGCUGGCAUAUUUUGAUCUUGAUACCGAACGGGACACCUAUAUGAUUGGCUUGAUAAACACAUCGUACACUAUUGGCGCAAUUGUCGCGGGUUUCUUCUUCGGUGGUCCCCUAGCCGACUUUCUAGGACGACGAUGGGGUAUGUGGACCGGAUGCUUCCUCACUGUAAUCGCCACCUUUAUGCAAGCAUUUGCUCCCCGACAUAACUUGGGCUGUUUCAUUGCUGGACGUGUCCUUGUUGGUCUUGGGCAAGGUAUUGCUUUGACUUCAGGACCAGUUUACAUCGGCGAAAUGGCACCACCUCCUAUUCGUGGUCUCAUCAUGGCUUUCUGGCAGCUAUUCUACUCUGUUGGAUCGUUCAUUGCCUAUUGGAUCAACUACGCUUGCUCUCUCCAUCGCAAAACAUUGGGCGACUGGGACUGGAGGAUGGUAGUUAUUUUCCAGAUUAUGGUUCCGAUUAUCAUCAUGGUUCUGUUACCAUUCCAGCCCGAAUCUCCGCGAUGGCAUAUAAAAAGGCAUGGCGAUAUAGAUGCUGCCAAGUCUGCUCUACGCAAGAUCCGCGAUACUGAGCAGGAGGUCGAGGAUGAGGUUUUGGCUAUCCGCGAGGCCCUGGAGUAUGAAAAAGAGGCCAUCAGUAAUAAUUAUACUGCUCUUUUUAAGGACCCUUCGAUUCGCAAACGACUUUAUCUCGCUUUCAUCAUUAAUAUUGGACAACAGCUCAGUGGUCAAGGCACACUAAACACUUAUUCCACAGCUAUUUACAAGAAGGUGUGGACAUCGACUCAGACCAUCAAUCUGAUUAAUGCUCUUAAUGCAACAUUUGGCAUCCUAUUCACGCUCAACGCGACAUGGACAGCCGACCGUUUUGGUCGCCGGUGGCUGUUCAUAAUUGGCGGGAUUGGUAUGGGUGUUUGCAUGCUGUUGGUUCCUAUAAUCGGUCAAACUACACCUGACCUUAACGGCACCAAGUCGAAGCCGGUCGGAAUCUCUAUCGUGUUCCUUCUAUUUCUCUUCAUUUUCUUUUAUAAACCCUCUUGGGGCGCGACUACUUGGAUCUGGACUUCCGAAAUAUUCAGUAUGAACGUUCGUGCUCAGGCCAUCGGAAUGUGCAGCCAGAUGCAAAAUGUCGCCAAUACGAUAUUCCAACAAUUCUUCCCGACAUUUUUAAAGAAUGAGGGACUCAAAUGUCUUUAUUUCUUUAUGGCAACAAAUUUCGUCCUCGUCGUGUUUGUCUAUUUCUUCAUUCCAGAGACGAAGCAAAUUCCGUUGGAGGAAAUUGAUGUGCUUUUUGGCGGUGCUAAUCAUGUCGAUAAGGGCGCUCAGAUACUUGGCUGCGAGGAUAACAAGAUAACAACAGUUUAG